GCGGCUGUGGAAGGGGCUGCGGGAGGUGCCGGGGUUCAGGUACCCCGCCUGGCUGCUUGCGGCGCUGCUGGUAUCGGCCUACAUGGUCAUCUUCCACUACGCCCGCGCACUGGUUUGGUCGGACUCCAUGGCCGACUGCAUCCUGGACCCCCUGCAGUGCGCAAACAACGUGAUGGGACGCUACUUCAAGUUCGCUGCGCGCGUCUUCAGUCGCUCGCAGCAGUCCAGUCUGCGGGACUCGCUGGACCUGGUGCUGGCCACACAGGACCCGCUCAUGCAGCUCGUGCGAGACUCCUUCAGUUCCAACGGCACGGGCGGGGCAGUCAGCGGUCAGCUGGGCGACCUGGUGGCGCAGCUGAACCCGCUGGGGAUGCUGGACCAGAUGGCGGCCGACCUCACCUCCAACCUCAACUCCACAGUCGACACACUGGUGGGCGCAGCGCUCUCCUCCGCACUGGCUCAGGCGCUGGCGGGGGCGGGGCUGCCGGGGGUGGACAACGACACGCUGGCGGCGCUGGUGGCAGCGGUGACACCCAGCCUCAACAACGCCGUCCAACAGGGUGUCAACUCCGCGCUAGCUCAGGUGGAGGCGCAGGUGAACAGCACCGCCUACCUGCUGCCCUCCCUGGUCUCCCAACAGCUCACACAGCAGAGCCGCGGCUUCAGGACCAUCAACCAGACACUGAGUGUGGUGUACGGAGCGGUCAACGUUUCGUCAACGUUCCUGUCCAAGGCCAUCAAAGUGGAGGGAGAGGUGGCGGUGUGGCAGGACGGGUUGUACUCGCGGUUCAAGUGGACCUCCGUGCUGGGCUUCACGUUGGGGCUGUUCCUGGGGCUAUCCACACUGGUGCAGACCGCCGCCUCCUUCCGGCGAGCCGUUCGUCGCUCCCUUAAGGACCGAGUAGCCCGCCGCAUCUUCAAGCGCC